GCUACUCCUCCCGCCGCCUUCCACUCUCCCAGCCUUUCUUGGGAGAAUGAGGCGGCUUGAGCGCUGUGGCUGAGGUGCGGUUGCUGGGUGACAAGUCGGAGCCGGGACAGGGAGAAGCUGCCACCAAAACUUAUUUUUCUUAACUUACACUCCUUGAAGUUCUUGGUACUUUGGCUGGAAACGUUAAUACUCGCUUUAAGGCUUGCCUCCUUAUUUGUUGCGAUGAGAACUACUUCUUUCUAAACCAUAAUGGCAGAAACUGCUUCUCCACUGAAGCACUUUGUGCUGGCUAAGAAGACAAUUACAGCAAUCUUUGACCAGUUACUGGAGUUUGUUACUGAAGGAUCACAUUUUGUUGAAGCAACAUACAAGAAUCCAGAACUUGACCGAGUAGCUACUGAGGAUGAUCUGAUAGAAAUACAGAGGUAUAAAAAUAAGCUUUCCAUCAUUGGUGAGGUGUUGUCUCGGAGACACAUGAAAGUGGCAUUUUUUGGCAGGACAAGCAGUGGGAAGAGCUCUGUUAUCAAUGCCAUGUUGUGGGAUAAAGUCCUCCCUAGUGGAAUUGGCCAUACAACCAAUUGCUUCCUGAGUGUUGAAGGAACAGAUGGAGAUAAAGCCUAUCUCAUGACAGAAGGGUCAGAUGAAAAAAAGAAUGUGAAGACAGUUAAUCAGCUGGCCCAUGCCCUUCACAUGGACAAAGACUUGAAAGCUGGCUGUCUUGUACAUGUGUUUUGGCCAAAGGCAAAAUGUGCCCUCUUGAGAGAUGACCUGGUUUUAGUGGAUAGUCCAGGUACAGAUGUCACUACAGAGCUGGAUAGCUGGAUUGAUAAGUUUUGCUUAGAUGCUGAUGUCUUCGUUUUGGUUGCAAACUCUGAAUCAACUCUAAUGAAUACGGAAAAACAGUUUUUUCACAAGGUAAAUGAGCGACUUUCCAAGCCUAAUAUUUUUAUUCUGAAUAAUCGUUGGGAUGCCUCUGCAUCAGAGCCAGAAUAUAUGGAAGAUGUACGCAGACAGCACAUGGAAAGAUGCCUACAUUUCUUGGUGGAGGAGCUCAAAGUUGUGGAUCCUUUAGAAGCACGGAGUCGUAUCUUUUUUGUUUCUGCAAAGGAAGUUCUUAGUGCUAGAAAGCACAAAGCCCAGGGGAUGCCAGAAGGUGGUGGGGCACUUGCAGAAGGAUUUCAGGCAAGAUUGCAGGAGUUUCAGAAUUUUGAACAAAUCUUUGAGGAGUGUAUCUCGCAGUCAGCAGUGAAAACAAAGUUUGAACAGCACACUAUCAGAGCUAAACAGAUACUAGAAACUGUGAAAGACAUAAUGGAUUCAAUAAACGUGGCAGCAGCAGAGAAAAGGGUUUAUUCAAUAGAAGAGAGGGAAGACCAAAUUGAUAGACUGGACUUUAUCCGAAACCAGAUGAACCUUUUAACACUGGAUGUUAAGAAAAAAAUCAGGGAGGUUACAGAGGAGGUUGCAAAUAAGGUUUCAUGUGCAAUGACAGAUGAAAUUUGUCGACUCUCUGUUUUGGUUGAUGAAUUUUGCUCUGAGUUUCAUCCUACUCCAAGUGUAUUGAAAGUAUAUAAAAAUGAGUUAAAUAAGCACAUAGAAGAUGGAAUGGGAAGAAAUUUGGCUGAUCGGUGCACUAAUGAAGUCAAUGCUUCAAUGCUUCAAUCCCAGCAAGAAAUUAUUGAAAAUUUGAAGCCAUUACUUCCAGCUGGUAUACAGAAUAAACUACAUACACUGAUUCCUUGCAAGAAAUUUGAUCUCAGCUAUGACCUAAAUUGCCACAAGUUAUGUUCAGAUUUUCAAGAGGAUAUUGUAUUUCAUUUUUCCUUGGGCUGGUGCUCCCUUGUCCAUCGUUUCUUGGGUCCUACAAAUGCUCAGCGGGUGCUUCUAGGAUUAUCAGACCCUAUCUUUCAGCUUCCCAGAUCUUUAGCUUCUACUCCCACUGCUCCUACCAAUCCAGCAACACCAGAUAAUGCGUCACAGGAAGAACUCAUGGUUACCUUAAUAACAGCAUUAGCUUCUCUUACGUCUCGAACUUCUAUGGGCAUCAUUGUUGUUGGAGGAGUGAUUUGGAAAACUGUAGGCUGGAAACUCAUAUCUGUUUCAUUAAGUAUGUACGGAGCUUUGUAUCUUUAUGAAAGGCUGACUUGGACCACCCGUGCCAAGGAGAGAGCCUUUAAACAGCAAUUUGUGAAUUAUGCAACUGAAAAACUGCAACUGAUUGUUAGCUUCACGAGCGCCAACUGCAGCCAUCAAGUACAACAGGAAAUGGCAACCACUUUUGCUCGCCUGUGCCAACAAGUUGAUAUUACACAAAGACAUCUAGAAGAGGAAAUUGCCAGAUUAUCCAAAGAGAUAGAUCAACUGGAGAAAAUACAGAACAAUUCAAAGCGCUUAAGAAAUAAAGCUGUUCAACUUGAAAAUGAGCUGGAGAAUUUUACUAAGCAGUUUCUACAUUCAAGCAAUGAAGAAGAAUCUUAACAAUAGAGAUUGCUUUGGUGAUCAUGAUAGGAGAAGAUGGAACUUGGAAGAUUGGGGCAGUUAUUUUUAUGAAGUGACUUUAAAUAUGAAUUAUACUAACUAUACCUAAAUAGCAAAUCCUUGAGUAGAUCCUGGUAUUGAUCUAUCUCAGGGUGUGUGCAUUUUUGAAAAGUGUUGUGAUGUCUCUUUAGUUUUAAUUUUGGGUAAAGAAAAAUCCUUUGAUAUGUGAAAAUGAUGAAUUAGUUUAAAGCAAAAGAACCAACUCUCUGACCCCUGAGGGGUGGGGCCUUGCUCUUAAUUAGGGCUCUCUUUGUUUUUGAUUCUGAAAAACUCUGCUUCCUGGCAUCCAGGAGUUAGAGAAUGCUCCUUUCAUCUUCUUUCUCAAAACGAAUUUUUGAUGCCUAUUUCAAUGGGAAUAGUCACAUUUUUGUUUUAUAAACUGCAUUGCUCUAACCACAAAGGAGUGUGGAAUGUUCUUGAGUGUAUUAUUUAUGCAGGUUACAAUCACUUUUGCCAUCCUGGCAGGUAUGUAAACCACUAAUAAAUAAUGCUGUUUUUACUCCCUCUUUUAUUCCCAUUAAAAUUGAUGUAAAACAGUAUAUAGGUUUGUUAUUAUAGAGUCCUUAUAAAGGUAUUUGGGUCUAAAUAGUUUUCUCAUGUUUCUCAAGAAACACUUCCAGCCUCAACUCUGAUUCCAGUAAGGAAAGCUUUCUAUCUCAGUUUUAAGAGUUAAGUUUGAAGUGAUAAAAAUAGCCAGAGAUAUGGGAGAUCUGAAUUUUGGGUGGCUACAGUCAUGUACAAAUGCUGUUCUUUAUUUGCCAAGGAUACUGCUGGGUUGUCCCCCGGGGUGGCUUUUAAACAUUUAUUUAAUUGUAUGAAUUUGACAGGUCACGGUUAAAAAUUAUUACGUUUUUUACCUUAAUGAAAUGUUUAUGAGUUCAAGUAUUGUUUGUUUCUGUGUUAAAAACUAAUAGACAACUUAUAUGGAAACAUUAAAAAACUGACAUUCUAAGGCUUUGCUACACAAAACGUAGUUUUGAGAACCACCAAAUCAGCAUCACCUAGAUGCUUGUUAGAAAGGCACAAUCCCAGAAGACACAGCACAUUUGGCCAGUAUAGUUUAUGCUGCUUUUCCAUGGGAGGGAUAACAUUUCAUGCUUUUUUCUUUUAAUACUCAGUACUUCUUUUUCUGUGCCUUUAAGGCUCCGGGAUGCUAUUCAGUCUUUUCACAACAGGUGCAACACGGUUUUCCAGGAUAUUUUAAGGAGAAAAUAACAUUAUUUAGGCCAUAGAAGCCUUUCAAAAAUAUUUUUUAUGCGAAUCAGAUAUUAGAAUGCAAUAUUCAAAUCCAAAUAAAUAUUCAUUUAUGGCUAAUAUUAUUGCUUUAUAACCAAAAAAUGAUACAAGCCACCAAGAAGUGGGAUUAGGUUAACAAUUUCAACAUGAAAAACAUGUCUAAGACUGGGUACUGCUAAUUAAGUUUACAAUUUCAAGGCCUUAAUCAUCUUUUUUUUUUUUUUUUUUUGGCCUUAAUCUUUAUACACAAGUACUUGAACUUUUGCAAUAGCAUAGUGGUUUGGUAUCACCUCAUUAGUAUAGUACAGUGCUCCUCACAGUUUAGUCCCUAACAGUAGCACUAGGGAAGUUGUAAGAAUUACAUUCUUGGGUCUCAUCCUAGACCUACUGAAUCAAAUAGUAGGUUUGGGGACCAGUAGUCUGUGGUCUAACAAGCCUUCAAGGUGAUCUGAUGCAUACUGAAGUUUGGGAACUACAGAAUAGUGGUUCUCGUAUAGUAAGUAAGUUUAUACUAAGUUUUUCAUCACUAGUUUGAAUCCAGUUCCGCCUGAUCAAGCUUGAAAAUAUGAGUGUUGGAAAUGGGACACUAAAGUAAUGAAGCCCAGCCUUUAUGCUUAGGGAUAAUAAGUGCACCUAUGACCAAGCCCAUGAAUUAUAAAGAAUUGUAGCUGUUGUCGUUCAAAGUUAUUGCACAUUUACUUGACUGUCUACUAUGUAUGUUUGCAGGAUUAUUUAUAAACUUUGUGUAACCUUCAACUUUUUAAAACUAGAUUUUUUUAUAAGAAGUAUGCAAGGUGAAAAUAAAAUUUGUUUGCCUGAUUGA